AUGUCUGCCCAUGACAACGCGGACUCCGAGCCAGCAUCCACCAAGAUGGACUCGCCCGCGGCAGUGAACGGCCACGGCCGCACCUCUCUCAAAAAUAAUGGUCACUCCUCGCGCUCUUCCCGCUCACCUCACCCCAGUCUCAAGAAAGAAUCCUCCGCCGACGCCAACACACCUCCCAACGACAGUCCUGGGAAGACGCCGAGCUCCGAUCCGGGCGCAGUCAAGUUCGACUCCGACAUGAAGCAGGAGACCGUAGGCGGCGACAUCGUCGUCAAGCAAGAACCGGGUCAACCGCCGAAGCUAUCCCGAAGCUCUUCGCAGAAGGUUGCGCGAGGGCCACCGCAGCUAUUCUCGCAUUUGCCGGAUAGCACCGCGGAUGCGCUGGCUACGUUUGAACAGAUUGAGUCUUGCUGGUAUGCGAAUAAGUACAUGGGGUAUACUGAGCAUGCGAUGGAAUGCGACUGUGCUGAGGAGUGGGACUCCGAAGCCGGUCAGAAUUCAGCAUGUGGUGAAGACUCCGAUUGCAUCAACCGGGCGACCAAGAUCGAGUGCGUGGGCGACUGUGGUUGCGGACCAGAUUGUCGAAACCAGCGAUUUCAAAAGAAGCAAUACGCGCCUGUUGCCGUCAUCAAGACCGAAAAGAAAGGAUUCGGAUUGCGUGCAGAGGUCGACCUGGAUCCGCACCAGUUGAUCUUCGAAUAUGUCGGCGAGGUGGUCGGUGAACCUCAGUUCCGCCGUCGGAUGAGACAAUAUGAUGAAGAGGGCAUCAAACACUUCUACUUUAUGUCCUUGAACAAAGGUGAAUUUGUGGAUGCGACGAAACGAGGCAAUCUCGGCCGCUUCUGCAACCAUUCCUGCAACCCCAACUGCUAUGUCGACAAGUGGGUGGUGGGCGAGAAGAUGCGCAUGGGCAUUUUUGCCGAGCGUGCGGUUCAAGCUGGUGAAGAGCUCGUCUUCAACUACAACGUUGAUCGAUACGGUGCGGAUCCACAACCGUGCUAUUGCGGAGAGCCAAACUGUACAGGAUUCAUCGGUGGACGGACUCAGACUGAACGGGCGACCAAGCUGUCCAAUGCGACUAUUGAAGCCCUGGGUAUUGACGAUUCAGAUGGCUGGGACACGGUUGUAGCUCGUCGACCCCGCAAGAAGAAGACGGAAGAAGCCGAUGAAGAGUACGUGGACAGCGUGCAGCCCAAGUCGCUGGAUGAGGAUGGCGUGACCAAGGUCAUGGCCGCACUCAUGCAAUGCCAGGAGAAGUGGAUUGCCGUUAAACUUCUGGGGCGUAUUCAACGAUGCCAGGAUGAGCGUGUCCGGAAUCGCGUUGUCAAGAUGCACGGUUAUCAAAUUCUCAACUCGCAGCUGGCCAUGUGGAAGGAAGAUCACAACGUGGUCAUGCAAAUUCUGGAUAUUCUGGACCAGUUCCCUCGUUUGACGAGGAACAAGAUCAUUGAUUCCAAGAUUGAGACGAAUAUCCAGCCAUUGACUGAAGGCGAUGAUGAGCGAGUGGCAAAUAAGGCCGUGGCUUUGCUAGCCAGCUGGGCUAACCUGGAGGUCGGAUAUCGUAUUCCACGGAUGAAGCGAGGCGAUCAACAAGCCAAGCCAGCUGUGAACCAAUUCGAGCGUCGUGAAUCCGGACGAGAACAACAACAGCGAUCCGCAAGUCGCUCCCCUACACCCGUGGAGCCACAGCCGCGAGGACCACAUGGCGUUGGAGGUCAGCCACGACGAGACCGAAAUGUACAUCACCAUGGAGGUGGUGGCCCUGGUGCCGGCGGACCAGCAGGCGGACGAUCACGCCGAGACCGUCGCCAUGAUGCUCGCAAUCGCCAGCCUCUACCUGAGGGCUGGUUUGCCGCAGAAACCGAGGGUCGAGUGUAUUACUACACAGCAGCCGGUGCGACGCAAUGGACACGGCCCACUGCUCCAGCUGCAUCUGUCGCUGCUCCGAACAAGCGUAAUCAGGCGCUGCAGAGCAUCAUCGAUGGAAUUGUGAACUCGCAAGAAAAGACGCCGUCUGAACAGAAGUCUGCCACGCCUGGGACGCCCCAGGCCUCGUCUGAUCCACAGCCGGAGAAGAAAAAGAAGGAGGCGGAUUGGUGGAAGAAGCUUUCUUUGGAGAAGCAGAAGAUUCUCUAUGAGAACACGUUGAGUCCCACCAUCAAGCAUGUCAUGGAUCGCUACAAGCACAAGCUCAAGAGAGAUGAUUUGAAGCGGUUUGCCAAAGAGAUCGCCAAGAAGCUCGUGGAAGGUGAUUACAAAAAGAAUCGCGUCACAGACCCAACCACGAUCAGUGAAAAACACCAAAAGACCGUCAAAUCUUUCACCAAGGAUUACUUCGACAAAGCCGUUGUCAAGCACAAGGAGCGCGAGGCCGAGAAAGCCCAGAGACGAGCCUCCUCCUCCAACCCUAAUCCCACCACCACCGCUACCACAAACCACAGCACGCCACCAGACGUUAAAAUGUCCGACCACUCACCCAACAACAACACACAUCCCGACCCAGAACCCAGCAUCGAACCUCCCACGCCCAUGGACGAAGACUCUGCCACGUCCACGCUCAAGCGUAAACGCGAUGAUAAUCCAAUUACGCCUGGCGAAGACACACAUCCCACUUCGGAAGUGGAUAGUUCACCAUCUAAGCGUCAAAAAUCUACUCCUCCACCCCCGCCACCUCCACCUCCACCUAUGGAUACGCCCGCAGAUGCAGAUGAACCCGAUACAUCUGUCUCACCACCUUCAGCACAGGAACCAAAGUCGAAGGAUUACCCCGGUGAUGGCGGGCCUGAUGUUGAGAUGGUCGAUAUCCAGACCCGGCCGGCUGUUCUCAGUGUCCAGGGACAGACAUAG